UCUCUUUAAAGCGAACGGAAGUGCGAACUCCAGCCCGACAGAUUAUAGGUGUUGUUCUGAGCGGUGGCUGUUACAUGGGUUUUUCGACGUCAAGGUGUAAAGGUCUUUAAGAAUACCAUCAUAUGCAUUUACUGUACCCUCGACUGUAAGCAGAGCGUGUUAUUGGUGAAUGUUAGUAUGAAUGGUAAGGUUGGGAAUGGAGCAGCGGGCGGUGUGCUGGCCUGUAUUGAGGGUCUGCCGCCUCUGCCCAAGAGCCUGAGCGGACUCCUCAACUCCAGCGGCGGCUCGUGGAGGGACAUGGAGAGGAUGUAUGUGAAGAAGACCAUGAUUCAGGACGACCUGAGUCGAGGAAGGAAUAACACGGACAGUCUCCUGGCGAAUAAACCAGCUAACCUGGAUGCCGCCCUGGCUUUGCUUAGAAAAGAGAUGGUGGGUUUGCGGCAGCAGGACAUGUCCCUGCUCUGUCAGCUCUGGUCCCUUCACGAGUCCAUCCAGGAGUACAAGGGCAGCUGCCAGGACCUCUCCGCUGUGUCCAGUGCCGAUGGGCCGUACGGGAUGGAGAACGGCUAUUUCGAUGAGGACGAGGAAUAUUACGCUGAAUCCGGUCUGACGCCAACCGAAACGCCAGAUGGAAAUGAUACAUCUCCUAAAAACGGGACAUCCAAGGACAGCUGGAUACAUGACUCGUUCCAUAUCACAAUAUAAAACGCUCGACUGUUAUUUUAUUUUUUCCGUUUGAUGAAAACAAGCUGUGCCAUAAUUUAG